AUGGCUCUGCCUGGCCGCGGGACGCGACGGGCUCACACGUGUGAGCGGCGGGACCGCGGCUCAGUGCGCUCCGUGGGCUGUUCAGAUCCCACUGCACUGCUCGGCGGGAUGGGCCGGGGCGGCUGCGGGCGGCUCCCGGUCCUGCGGCUGCUGCUGGUGCUGCCGCUGCUGUGCGGGGCGGCGGGGCUGGGGCGCGGCGGCGCUCUCCGCCGGCUCCGCUUCUCCGGGCAGGUGGCCGAGAACAGCCCGGCGGGGACGCGGGUGCGGGGCUUGCGGGUGCCGCUGCGGCGGCUGCUGGGCGCCGGGGAGCCCGCCGGGGAGUGGGCGCUGGAGGGCGGCGGCGCCUCCCGCUUCUCCCUGCAGCGGCGGCCGGGCGGCGGGCGGGGGCUGCUGCUGCUCCGCACGGCCGAGCGCCUGCACCGGGAGGCGCAGCCCGAGUACGCGCUCCGGCUGCGGCGGCGGGCGGGACGGUCCCCGCGGCAGGCGCUGCUGCGGGUCCGGGUCCUGGACGGCAACGACCACCGGCCGGGCCUGCCGCCGGCGCGGCCGCGGGAAGUGGAGGAGCUGGCCCCGCGGGGCACGGAGGUGGCCCGGCUCCGCGCCUCCGACGGCGACGAGGGCGCCAACGCGCGCCUCACGUACGGGCCGUGGCCGCCGGGCGCCGGCAGCCGCCUGCUCUUCGUGGUGCCCCGCAGCGGGCAGGUGCUGACCGUGGGCUCGCUGCUGGGACUGCGCCGCCUGCGCCUCUGCGUCGCGGCUCACGACCACGGCCGGCCGCGGCCGCUGCGCGGCCCCGCGCGGUGCCUGCGCCUCGCCGUGCGCGGCCGGCGGCCAGAGGGCGGCGGCGGCGGGAGGCGGCGAUGGGCGCGUUCGCUGCCGCCGCCCGAGCGGCCGUCGGGGCCCGGCUCCCGGCGCUACACGGCCCGGCUGCCCCCCGGGGCGCGGGUGGGCGACACCGUCUUCACUGUCCCGCGGAGCCGCGACCGGGCGGCUGGCGGCUGGUUCGAGCUGGCGUCGCCCGGCGCAACCCCCGUGGCGGUCGACAGGGCUUCAGGGCGGCUCUACCUGCGGCGGGAGCUGCGAGCCGGAGGCCGGGCGGAGGUGCUGGUCAAGGUGCACCGCGGAGGCGGCGGAAGAGGUAGGGGAACGGGACGGGCCGAGCCGGGCGGCGGGGAUGGGGCCGCAUCUCCCCUGGGUUGGGAUGGGACGGGUGAGGAUGGAGGGUCCCCCCGCGGGAGGGGGGACGCUGAGCAGGCACAGCCGUGCCUCUUGUCACCCGAGGAAAUGCGGGCGGCUGCGGGAGCUGCCCUCAGGCUGGGCGACGUGGGGAUGUGCCGGCUCUUCUCCGGUCCCACCUGCCGAGAUUCUGCCUCCUGUCUUCGGAGGAGCAGGUGA